AGGCGACCCCCCUGUCGAUGCAAGAACCAGGCGACCCCCCCGCCGACGCAAGAACCAGGCCACCCUGGGGUAAACUAGGCAGACCUCCAAUUGUUUAUGAGGUGGAGGACAAUGUUUGGAAUUUCAGCUAUACCCUCUAUUCUACUGGCAGUUGGAAUGUGUUUCUCUCCAGAAAGUCCUCGAUGGCUUUUUCAGCAAGGGAAGAUUCCUCAAGCUAAAAAAGCUAUCAAAACAUUAAAUGGAAAGGAGAGAGUUGCUGAGGUUAUCCGAGAUUUAUCAGCUGGAAGCCAAGGCUCGACUAAACCUGACGCAGGCUGGUUUGAUCUGUUUAGUACCCGCUAUUGGAAAGUUGUUAGCGUUGGUGUAGCACUUUUCUUGUUUCAACAGUUGGCUGGGAUCAAUGCUGUUGUAUACUAUUCAACUUCUGUAUUCCGUAGUGCGGGGAUUGCCUCUGAUGUUGCAGCAAGUGCUCUUGUUGGAGCCGCAAAUGUCUUUGGUUACACAGCUGUUGCAUCAUCCUUGAUGGAUAGACAAGGAAGAAAGAGUCUUCUAAUCACAAGCUUUGGUGGAAUGGCUGCCUCUAUGAUGCUGCUUUCUCUGUCCUUUACUUGGAAGGUUCUGGCACCAUAUUCUGGCCCCCUUGCUGUUCUUGGGACUGUUCUCUAUGUCUUGUCGUUUUCACUUGGUGCUGGUCCUGUGCCUGCUCUUCUUCUACCAGAGAUAUUUGCUUCAAGAAUCAGAGCAAAAGCAGUUGCUUUGUCAUUAGGAAUGCAUUGGCACUGCCUUUCUUCCUACAAGUCAAAUGAAGUGAAGGAAAUUUUCUUACAUUUAUUUUCAGUACUCUUGAGGAGUACCUAGAGGGUGAUGAUGAGCAAGCUGAUGUUGAUUCCAUCGAUGAGCAGACUGAUGGUGGUUCCAUGGAUGUUGACCACGAGGAGGAGGAUAAUAAUAAAGAGAACGCGGAAGAUAAAAAGAAAACACAUAAGCAGACACGAGGCAUAGUGCGAUUGACGAAGAUCAUAGCAGAUAAAAUUAAAGGAAUCAAACGCCAUUUGAGGUUCAAUAGCAGGGGCAAUCGAUCGGGACCCCAAACAGAGAGCUUCAAUGUUAUUUAGGAAUGCAAGCCAAAAGUAUGGUGCCAAUUAACAUUGACAAUUGGCGCGAAGUUCCUAAAUCUAUAUUGGACAGCUUAUGGAAGGAUGUCAAUCUAGCUUUCCACCUAGAUGAGAAUAUGCGAAAAGAUAUUAUUGGCUCAGUGGGUAAUAAGUGGAGACAAUUCAAAUGUAAUUUGAACAAGAAGUUUAUAGUCCCUUACCUUAAUGACUCAUCUCUUUUGGAAGCAAACCCUCGUGGUCUCGAUAAACCUCCACCAAGCUAUCAUAUAGAAGAAACACAUUGGAAAGAAUUUGUCAAGAGAAGGACAUCCAAAGAGUUUCAAGAUUUUAGAAAAUUACAACAAGAAAGGCGUAAUAAUUUACAAUACCCUCAUAGGACUUCACGCCAUAGCUAUACUGAAUUGGAAGCUGAUUUACAAGCUAAGUGGGGCACAAUAGAGAAAAUAGAUCGAUCUAUACUCUGGAAGGAGGCCAGAAAAGAUUCUUCUGGCAACUAUGUCACCGAGCGUGACAAGGUCAAGGGAGAGGCCAUCGAAGACAUGCUUGAGCAAAGAAAAGAGGGCAAACUGAUUGAAAUCAGAACAAAUGACAUCCUAACACAAGUGUUAGGU